UCAUCCUGUUGGAGUAAAAAUGAAGAAACCUAGGAUUAAAGGUAGAGAAGGCAGUAUGUAAACAUGAAUAGUCUAUGUCUUAGUGUAGAAUAGAAUCAACAUGAAACCAAAGAUUUGUAGACAUUUGAUAGUUGUAUUUCUGUACCUGUGUUGUUUUCCUGAUUUUGUAUCUGCAAAACUAGUAGUAGAAUUAAAGCCUGAUAACCCAUUUGUAUAUAUCGGGGAUAUAUUAGAGCUGAACUGCACCGCGUCUGAUGCUGUAGCAGACCUUCUGGUAUUCCAUCGUGGUAAUUUUCGCAUAGACAGCAAAUUUCUUCAGAAGCUCAAUAACUCUACUAUCCAAGCAAGCUUACCAAUAACAGAAGAGGAUAAAGAUAUAAGAACAUAUAUUUGUGAAUUUGAUAAUUUUUCGCUUUAUAGUGUUCAAAAUUUGAAAAUAGAAUAUAAACCAAGGCCUGUAGAAAAUUUAACAUGUCAAAUUUACAAUUGGGAAACUUUAACAUGUACAUGGGAUUUAGGACCUUAUAUAAAAUUGGAAGAAAUGCAUGUAUCUGUAGCUUGGGAACAUUCUAUGAUGUAUGGCAAUUUUACUGUAGAAAAUGAUAAAUCAAAAUUCCAUCAUGACUUUAGGUUUUAUAGUUAUAAUUUCACUAUAACUGUAAGUCAUAAACAAACUGGUGAACAAGAUGUGUCUGUUAAUAAAACUUAUGACAUGCCUAAAAUUGAAGGUUACAACUUAAAGUAUGUGGGUUUUUUUCCAACAGUUAAACCGGCUGCAGUAAAUAAAUUACUAAUUAUAUCAGAAGAAAAUCAGUGUGUUAUUUUAAAGUUUGAACAUGAUUUGUAUCACAGUAAUGCUGAUGUUGAUUGGAAAAAUGAAAGAGAACUAAAAAUUAGAGUAACAUAUAGCUCUAAAUGGGAACUGCAACCUUGGGUUGUUGACAAGCUUAUGAAAGAAGAUAGCAUGACAGUGUGUAAUGUUCAUCCCUAUUCCAAAUAUAAAUUUGAUGUUGAUGUUUUGCCCAUAAAAAGGCAUGGUGUUUGGAGUGAUAUAAAAUCUGUAGAAUACACAACCAACCCAACAGUGCCUGGUUCUGGUCCAAAAACAACCAAUGGUAGUUAUUAUCAAGGACUCUGUGUAAAUAAUGAACGAAAGGUCACACUUUUUAUUCAGCAUAUUGCUGAAAGGUUAACUCAUGGAAUCAUGGACAAAUACACUGCUGUUUAUACACCUAUAUCCUCUGGGCAACAAUUGACUGAAAGUGUACCGAGUACUGCAUUUGUCUUGGAUUAUAGUUUAAAAUGUUCAACUGAUUAUUUAGUAGAAUUAAAAGCUACCAACAGUUUUGGUACAUCUACAAAUAAUACAUUUAUAUAUAUACCUAAACUACAAGAGCUCGCACCUUUUGAAAGUGAUGCCAGACUAUUAGUCAAUGUAUUUAAAGAAACUAAUACAAGUGAUAAAAAUGUUGUUGCUAAAUGGAUUGGAUUUAAAUCUCAACCACUUUAUUAUAAAUUAUUCUGGUGUCAGAGUUCAUCUAUUAGAUGUGAGGGUGAUAUAAACUGGGUAGAGGUUGAAGGAGAUGUUACUAAUAAAAUAAUAAGAUCAGAUACAUUGAAUAUUGAAGAUGUAGAAGCUAGGAAAUAUAUUUUCUCUAUAUCAGCUGUCUAUAAGAGAAAUAUCUCGACACCAAUGAUAUUUGCUAACUGUAUAUAUCAGUCAUGGACAGUACCUAAAAAUCCACCUCAGUUACAACUAGACAAAAAGAAUCCAGAACGAUCAUUAAGAGUUAGUUGGAAAUAUGAAACUUGUCAUUCUCAAUCAUUAGUAUACAUACAGUCUUAUAAUAUUUAUCAUUGUCCAACAGAUGAGCAUGGUAACUGUACAGCAAAAUAUAUAACAGAAAAAGUUGACAGUAGAAUAAGUAACUAUCAGUUAACAGAUUUAAAAGCUGAAACUAAUUAUAGUGUUUGGAUGCAACCUGUAUCACCUGGAGGAUUGGGCCCUGAAAGCGAAAAAUUAUAUGGAGUUCCUUAUGAAAACCAUACUUUAAGUGGAAGUGAGAUCACUGGUAUUGUUUUUGGGAUUCUGUUUGCAAUGAGUUUGAUAUUUUUCAUUAUCUCCAGAAUAUGUUGCAGCCCUAAAAUAUAUGCUAGAAAUGCACAGAAUCAAUCCAAGUUUUCGCAAAUUUUCUUCAAAGGACCCUUUCAGACACUGAGAGGCUUAAAAUAUUGGGACAAUUGUUGUAAAAAGUAUGUUAUCAAAGAGAUUAAAAUUAAAGAAGAAGGCAUGAAAUCUGGUUAUGAUGAGAUUGGUUAUAUAAAUGACAUUGUUGAGAUAAAUGGUGAAGAGCAGGUCAAUCAGAAAGAAACGCCCAAAUUAAAGACCCAGAUAAGUGAUGAUAGUGGCACCUUUAGUCUGCCUAAUUCUCCAUCAGUGAGAGGAGAACAUCUUCCUUCAAUAUCAGAGGAAGUUUCCAACAGUGGAGAGAUCAAGGCAAGAUCUCUUUCAGAGAUGUUCAGUGAGAAACGAAAUGGUGAAGAGAAAAGAAAUCAAAUGAAGGUUUCUUCUGGUGAAGCAGAAUCUUACUUCAAAAUGGAUCUUCUAACAGAUGAUUCAACCAAAAUGUCUGAGAACAAUGUUGACAAUAUACAGAGUUCUGUAUUGAGUGAAAGAAGAUUAUUAGGAAUUGCAAUGAACAACCUUUUGCCAGCACCAGGGAACAGUACUAAACCAUAUAUAUCAAGUGAAGCUAUUUUAUCAGAAAAACAUGCCGUUAGUAAUGGUUUUGACGCUCCAUAUGUUUCAAAUAAUCUUUUUAUCCAGUUACCACCUGCACAAUCCUCCAUACAUAAUUCAUCAAGCUCUGCAUCAAGUAGUUCACCAACAUCACAGAGUACAGGCACAGAUGGUGAUAGUGCACCACCAUAUAUACACGUUACAGGAAUCAAUCAAAACUCAAGCCAAUCUGAAUCAAGUAAUGUCUCUGGCAACCAGAUUGAAUCAGCAUUACUCAGUGCUAACGAAGAUACUUUGCAGCCAGCUCAAGAAAUUUCAAAGUUAGACAUUGCAUGCAGUUCUUCUGAUAAACAAACCAGUCCCUAUGUUUUUUUACCAACCUCAAAUACUUUCCAGGAUCCACAGAUAAUACAGGUACCACAACAUCAAAAUCCAAGCAGUGGAGAAUCUCGCAUUUAGUCUAGUUUACAGAUUUCACUGUAAUGCCAUCACUAUAUUAGAGGAAGGUUAUGAUCUGUGAAUGUAGGGCUGUUGAUUUGUAUAUUGCAAAGGAAAUG